GGUAUCAAUUAACACCAGAACUUGAUGACGCAACCGAGAUGGAUAUGAACGAUGAAUACUUAAUCGAUUCACUGAAAUGGUCUGAUGAUGAAUUAGAAUUCAAGAACAGCGAUUAUGAAGCAUAUGACCCAGAAUAUGGCUAUAAUUUUCAUAUAGAUUAUGGUAAAUGUUGGGGAAUACCAACAUCGAAGAAAAAAUAUCCAGGAUCAACCCUGA